CAAGCAGGUAUCACGAUCGAGCUACCAGGCUCGCGGAAAGCCGUCAGGCUAUUGGGACGACUGGUGGGAGCCCGUGAUUGCUCGUUCCGCACGGAUUUCACGAAACACCCCCAAAACGGCAACCCGUCGUCGUCGUGGUGCUGCCGGGGCCCCGCCGUUAGCCGCGAGAGAUCGCGAGAAGGGAGCUUGGCUGAAUCGGUCGAACGAUCGGCCAGGGGAUCGGCAUCCUCGUGCGCGACCGGCUCCACCGCCACCACCUACACCGCUUACUGGCGGCCCAGUGAAAUGGAGGAGAAGUCCUCGGCUCGGUUCUCCGAGUAUCUGUUCGCCAAGAUGGAUGGCCAGGACGUUUCGGCCUCUCAGGGUCCCCGUAAGGUGACCGCCGACACCAGGAAGUUCAUGCGGGAGAACCUGCUGCUCGUGGUCACCCUCUCCGGCGUACUAUUCGGCGUGAUACUCGGUUUCGGUCUGCGGCCGUUGGGCCUCGGCGAUGACGCAGUCAUGCUAAUCAGUUAUCCUGGAGAGCUGUUCAUGCGGCUUUUGAAGCUGAUGAUCUUGCCGCUGGUGAUCGCCAGCCUCAUAUCCGGCUCGGCCAGUUUGAACGCGCGAAUGAACGGGAUGAUCGCGGUGCGCACUCUGGUUUACUUCAUCCUGACGUCUUUGAUGAACGCGGUGCUCGGCGUUAUCCUGGUGCUGCUGAUCCAUCCGGGCAAUCCUGGCAUCCGCAAAUCGAUGGCGACCUCCCACAACGGAAGGGCCGUCAACAUCCUGGACAGCCUGCUGGAUUUGGGAAGAAACAUGUUCCCGGACAAUAUAUUCCAAGCGGCGUUCCAGCAAGCACACACGGUGUACGUUCCAAAGACCCAGCCGUUCCGGAACCUGACGGACACCGGCAUGUCCACCGAGGUACUGGGCGAGGAAGAGCUGAUGAGAGUCACCCAGUACAGAAGCGGAACGAACACCCUCGGCAUUGUCUUCUUCUGUCUCGUGUUCGGCACGUUCCUAGGUACGCUGGGCGAGAAGGGCCAGAUUGUGAUCGACUUCUUCAAGGCUGUGUUCGAGGUCAUCAUGCGCAUGGUGUCGACCGUGAUGUGGAUGACACCGGUGGGCAUCACCUCCGUGAUCGCCGGUAAAAUACUCGGCGUGACCGACCUGGCGCUGGUGAUGUCGCAGCUGGCCUGGUUCAUCGUCACGAUCGUGAUCGGUGUGUUUUUCUAUCAGCUGGUGAUCAUGCAGCUGAUCUACCUGGCGUUCGUGAGAAAGAAUCCUUUUAAAUUCUACGCCGGCCUCGCCCAGGGCACCCUCACCGCCUUCGCCAUGGCAUCAACGGCCGCCGCGCUCCCGGUCACGUUCCGCCUGAUGACGGACAAGCUCAGAGUCGAUCCCCGAGUCACCAGAUUCGUUCUGCCGAUCGGGUGCAACAUUAACAUGGACGGGACGGCUCUGUUCGUGGCUGUUGCCAGCAUAUUCAUCGCCCAGAUGCAUGGUAUCGCAUUGGGAUUCGGCGAGAUCGUCACCGUCAUUCUAACAUCGACCGCUGCGUCCGUGUCGUCGGCUUCGGUUCCAAGCGCCGCUCUCGUCCUUCUGCUGGUCGUCCUGAGCGCCAUAGAUGCUCCAGUUUACAAUGUGUCGCUGCUAUUCACUAUCGACUGGUUUGUGGACCGAAUUCGAACCACCAACAACAUGCUCGGCGACUGCUACGCCGCUGCAGUGGUGGAGCAACUGUCCAAGAAGGAGCUGAUGGCCUUGGAUGCGGCAGCUUAUCAGUCGGAGACCGUUCUGCCAACGACGAUCGCGAACGGAUGCAUCUCCGCGAACCGAGUACCUGAUCCUGACACCAUCGUGGUGGAGAUGCAGGACGAUUCGAGGAUAGCCGGCAUCGCCAAGUAAACAAGCUUGUUGCAUCAGCGUGUUGCAGAUGCCCAGGAGCGUGACCGAGGAGACCGUUUGACCACUGAUUCGUUCCGAGAUUAGUUCUAGACGUGCCCGAGCGAAUUGUUAACGAACGCACAGCCUCUUCGCGGGGAGGCCCGCCGGGGUCCAUGCCUCUGGAGGAGAUCGUAGAGAGCCCUCUUUCGCGCGAGUGUCCUCGAAGAGACGUUCACCCUCCGCCGUGAAGACACGCGCGUUACGUUCGUUCGUUCGUUCGUUCGUUCGUUCGUCCGUUCGUUCGCCGCGAGCCGCCCGGGCCACGAGAAUAUAUAUCAAACGAGAGAAAGAACACCAAAACGUGUAUACAGAAUCCGACGAAUGUACAUGAAUGUAAACGAAGUCAAUAUCAAGGGAGUGCGUGACGCGGCGAGACUGCCGCGGGUAAGGACAUAGCAAUAACCGUGUUCCCAAAAGGCUUCUUGUAGCAGCUUCCUCGGACGGAUACGUAAACCGAGAGAUCACCGAUUCAAUCGCACUCCGGGAUCCGACCUGUUAAAAGAUCGUUUCACUGCGACUGGCCGCGCUCGAGAGCAGCGUGCCGAAUCUGGUGCCUUAUUUUCACGCGGCGCUUCGGUCGGCCGCUUCGAAAGUCUAUUUAAACGAAAAUUGCAUAAAAUAUACCAGAAAAAAAAGGAUAGAAAACGCCGGAAGCGAUGAAAAAAAAAAGAUGAAAGCAGUCGAACCAAAAUGAAUUCCGGGACAGAGAUGAACAAAUAUAUCACGGGGCAAAGAGACAAUUUGUAUAGAAGUAUUAUGAUAAUAUAUACAUACAUAUACAUA